AUGUCCACCUUCGCCUCGACUCGACUUCGCCAAUCAUCCUCCAACUCCACAUUCGAGCCACUCGAUCCUACGACUCUGGCCAUCUCGCUCAUCCCGCUCCUACCCCCCCAUCUCUCCCGAGAAGCUUCCGAUCAUCAAUCGCCAGUCACCCUGCCCGUCCUUGCCGCCAGUCUUUCAACCCUGCCCCACAACGUCAUCAAUGCUAUCAACUUCUUGGCCCAGGAAUUGAAAUCACUCAGAGAACAGCAGGUACUCUUCGCCGGCGGUUCCAGUCAUCCCCAAGGUUCUCCGUUACCAAGUCCCGAUGGAGGAAACCCCGAAAGAGAAAACCGAGAAAGAUGGUUAGAAAAUCAAAAAGUAAACCAUUUGAAGAAGUCAAUCUCAUCGCUCACCAACCUACAAUCUACACUCCAGUCGCGUCUACUCACCACGGUCGAUACACUCUCAGACCUUCAACAGACUCAUCAGCGCGAAACCCAACAACUGACCGAUGAGCGCGACGGGGUCAGGGCAGUCAACCAAGUCCUGAAGCGGAAGAUCGCGGCGAUGGACAAGCAGCUACGAGAGAGUAAGGAGGUCAUGGAGUCUGUCCUCGAGCGAGUCGAAGUGGUCAAUAAGGGCGAUUGGUCUAUCGUUGAGCAUGGGGCUAUCCAAGUCUUUUCCCCUCUACCACCGUCCUCGCCUGGGCAGGACCACAGCCUUCUCAGCGAAGAUCUGUGCACGUUCCACCUCCAAUGUCAGGCGGACAAUCCGACGCAGAUGCCUCAUUUGCUUUCGUCAAGGUCUUCCAGCGACGGACAGCGAUUAGCCCGGAGCACGGGAUCAGAGACGCAGCGGAACAACCAGCGCUCGAUCACCCUGAUCGCCGAACUGACCGAAGAACUUGAAUCGUUGAGACGGGAGAUCAAGGUCGAGCUGAAGCUCAAGCACGAUGAGAUUAGUCGUCUGAACGGCUUAAUCGACUAUCGCGACGAUGAAAUCAGACAGCUCAUGGCUCGCUUGCAGCACUUCAUGGGUCUCGAUGGCUUUUACGAAGCCACGCCCCGCCAAAAGAUAGACCAGAACAAGAGAAGUCAAUCCACGCACAUCCACCCGUUCCACACCGCUGAACAAGCCGCACCCAUGAGCCAGUCCAGGGACCAGCGUCAACUGGAGGAGGAGAUCAAGCAGCUCGAGAUUCAGUUGAAAGAAGUGACACAGAGCAGCCAGUUCGGGUCCCCGAUGGACGACCGGUCUUCGCGUCCCACACGCGUCCUUGACGACUUGCACGGCCAAUCGGCCACAGAGAACAACCGAUCUUCCGCAAUCCCAGUCGACGCCUCCGACAAUAAGGCACUCUGGCGAUUCCUGGGCGAGCUUUCUAAACAGGUGGCCAACCUGAAGUCGAACCUGAAAGACGGGAGCAAGGAGACAGAUGCGUUGCGACGCAAGCAAGUGCGCAGAACGAACUCGCGCUCGUCAUCCUCCACCUCUUCGUCUGAAACGGAUCCCACCGAAAGCUCUUGCGGACCUGAAACGACUCGGUCGUUGGCAAGCUCUCUCGAACGAUCGAGGUAUGAGUGUACCAGAUUGAACCGUUUGCUGGCUCAAUCGCAGUCCAGAAUUCUCGAGCUUGAGCGGCAAAUGGCCGAACAGGAGUCCGAAUUCGAAAGGGUUGCCGAACGGGUCCAAGAGAAGCUUAAAGACCAACGCUCGAAGAUGCUACAGGCCCAAUCGCAGAUCGAGCAAUUGCAGAGCGAGCUAGAAGAGGUGCGGAUGGUGGAGCGGACGACGAAGCAGGAGCUGGCGGAGGAGCGGAGGAAACUGCAAGAGCUGGCCGGGAGCUCGGAGCGCCGAAAGAAGAAGCCGUCUCAUGAGCGCCUUCAUCCCCGGAGUAGGGAGGCCAAAACACGGGAGAACAGCGACGUCGCCAGCUCUUCUUCCGCCGACGCCGCCUCCGUUGGCUCCUCCAAACGUCUCCCUGCCGGUGGCCCUAAGGAUCCUUUCAAUUGA